GGCAGGGGAAGGACCAGCGUGUGUAACUUUAUCUGGGAUAGGGCGCUCGUGGGACAUCCUUGUCUCUCUCCCCACCCCGGCAGCUGCAGGAACACAAGGAUUAGAUUAGCCGCCCACACCCAAGCCCUGUGGGGAAGGUGGGGGAACCGCCCAACCCUCCCACCGCCUGUCAUGGAUCUUCCUCGGUGCUACCAGCCGCGUGGGGCCUCGCUUUAAGCUGCAGCAGCUACGCGCGGGGCCGGCAUGCGGAGGCCGCGAGGGACGCUCAGCCCCUGGCUGGGGCUCACCGCGCUGCUCUGCCUGGCGCACGCCGCCCGGGCCGCCUUCCAGCUCACGCUCCUCCACACCAACGACGUCCACGCGCGCGUGGAGCAGACCAGCAGCGACUCCGGCAAGUGCCAGAGCCGCACUCGCGGCCGCCCCCUGGAUUGCUAUGGCGGGGUGGCCCGGAGAUACACCAAGAUCCAGGAGAUCCGAGCCACCCACCCCAACGUGCUGCUCCUGGACGCCGGCGACCAGUACCAGGGCACCGUGUGGUUCAGCUACUUCAAGGGGCGGGAAGUGGUCCGCUUCAUGAACCUCCUGGGCUACGACGCUAUGGCUUUGGGGAACCAUGAGUUUGACAAUGGUCUGGAGGGAUUAUUGGAUCCACUACUUAAAAAUGUUAAUUUUUCAAUUCUAAGUGCAAACAUUCAGGCAAGCAGAUCAGUAGCAUCCAGGAUCGCUGGAUAUUUUCAGCCUUAUAAAAUACUACGUGUUGGUUCAGAAAAAAUCGGAAUUGUUGGCUAUACCACUAAGGAAACAUCUUUCCUUUCAAAUCCAGGCAAGGAUAUAUACUUUGAAGAUGAAAUUGAAGCAUUGCAGCCACAUGUGGAUAAACUUACCACACUGGGAGUUAACAAAAUUAUUGCACUAGGACACUCUGGUUUCACUGUGGAUCAAAAGAUUGCUCAAAAAGUGAGAGGAGUGGAUGUUGUAAUUGGAGGACAUACAAACACAUUUCUUUAUACAGGUCCCCCACCUUCCAGUGAAAUGCCAGCUGGCAACUAUCCAUUCCAGGUGAAGUCAGAUGAUGGGAGGCAGGUGCCAGUGGUACAAGCCUAUGCUUUUGGAAAAUAUCUUGGUUAUUUAAAUGUAACAUUUGAUGAUCAAGGAAAUGUAAUUAAAACAUCUGGAAACCCUAUUCUGCUAAAUAGCAGUAUUCCUGAAGAUAAAGUCUUGAAAGAAGAAGUUGACAAGUGGAAGAUACAGCUAAAUAAUUUUUCUUCCCAAGUGAUAGGAAAAACUAUAGUUUACCUAAAUGGUACAAGUCAGGCAUGCCGUUUCCAAGAAUGCAACUUGGGAAAUUUGAUUUGUGAUGCCAUGAUUUACAAUAAUCUCAAAUAUCGAGAUGAAAAUACAUGGAAUCAUGUUUCAAUGUGCAUCAUAAAUGGCGGUGGGAUACGGUCACCCAUUGAUGAACACAACAAUAAUGGUACUAUUACGAUGGAGGACCUGCUAGCUGUGCUGCCGUUCGGAAGUACUUUUGAUCUGGUUGAGUUAAAAGGCUCCACUCUCAAAGAAGCAUUUGAGCACAGUGUGCACAGACAUGGACUAGGAACUGGCGAGCUGCUGCAGGUCGGGGGCAUUCACGUGGUCUACGAUCUUUCUAGACCACCAGGAAGCAGAGUUGUCACCAUAGAAGUUCUUUGCACAGCCUGUAGAGUACCAGCCUAUGUACCACUCCAAAUGGAUGAAACAUACAAAGUGAUUCUUCCUUCUUUUCUGCAGCAGGGAGGAGAUGGAUAUUCUAUGCUAAAAAAUAAAUCACUGAGUCACAAUCAGGGUGAUCUUGAUGUUGAAGUAGUUUCCACUUACAUCUCUAGAAUGGGACGUGUUUUUCCAGCAGUUGAAGGACGAGUGAAGUUUUCUGCAGGAAAUCUCAUCCAAGGAAGUAUUAUGCUGAUUGCUGGCUUAUACACUGUGAUGUUCCUGCACUUCAUUUUUUAAAUUCUCAUUUGCGAUGCUUUUAGACUGCUGCUAGAAUGCCUGCUCCCCUCCCCUUUGCCUGCACCUCUCAGCACAUGUUUAAACAGGUCUUAGGUCUUGGCAUGCAUUCAGUAAUUACAGUGGAAGGCCAGCUGUAUGACAAUCAAGAUUGAGACUAGCUCUCUUUAAAACAUGGCUCUUCUAAAUGCUGUAUUAUGAGCUUGGUUACCAAGGUUGCCUUGAAAUUUGGUGUGCUUUGUAGGGGUUUGUGGUAGGAAUAUUGAUCCAAAUUUGGAGUCACUUCACUAAAGGUUUCCUGAGAUGCGUCUCUCUGGGGAACAAACAAAACAGCUUUGCUGAAGGUUAGAAUGUGUUAACAGUUUUUUUGCCCAGAUCUGGAUAUCAAAACCUGGCUCUGAAAAAAAGCUGAGACACAUACUAUACACAGGUUUAAGUGCACUUCCUUGAUAUUUCUACCCUCAAACUCAAGUUCCAAAGAGCAAAGCAUUAAAGGAAAAUAUCUUAUUCCAUGGAGAAAUAUUGUGUUCUGUAGAAAUAUUUACAAGCAUCUCAGUGAAAAAUUCUCUCUCCAACUCUUCCCAUGCACACUGAAACAGUGAAAUCAACAAAUCUUUUUUUCAGCAGUGUAAGUAAAUUCCUACUUAUAGAUGCAUUACUACUUUCCUCUGUUCCCUAUGCAGGGUUGAACACAAAUAUGAAAACUGGAUAAAGUUUUCAAUCACACUUAUUUUGGCUACAUCAGUGGCUGAGAUAAUUUUCCCCCUCUAAUAGAGAUUGGUUUAAACACUGAAGCAUAGUCAGACAUAAGCUCCUCUUACACUAGGAGAUUAAGACUGCCACAUUAUUAGAAAGGUGGGUUCCCAGGAAGUUGUAGAGUUUUUGGAUUUCACAUGCACGUAUUCCUUGAACAGGUACUUUCUUUUUUAUAGAGGCAGCAAUUGACAUUUUCUUAUCUACAAAUGGAAGAGGCAAAGACUUCCAGCAGAAUAAAAGUUAGUCUGAUUAACAGAUUGGUGUCAUAGAAUAGAAUCUCAGGGUUAGAAGGGACCUCAGGAGAUCCAUCUAGUCAAAUCCCCAGUUUUUUUUAACCCCAGUUCCCUAAAUGCCCCCCUCAAGGGUUGAGCUCACAACCCUGGAUUUAGCAGGCCAAUGUGCAAACCACUGAGCUAUUCCCUCCCCCCUUUUUAAGCAGACCUGGAAAAACAGCAAAAGGUUACACCUAUGGGCCAAGAAGCACUGGAAUCUUGUAGAUAGCUUCAGCUGUAAUUCUGCUGUAUCCUUCAAGUUAUCCAGUAAGGUGGAUUUGGCCAGCAGAAUUAACAUUUUAGCUAUCUUUGUGCAAAAGGGAGGAGGAAGUAAAUGGAAAGGGGGAUAUAAAAAUUGUGACUCACAGGCUGAUUACAAGUUUCAGAUUUGUGUACUUGUUUUAAGCUUCUUGUUAGCUUUGUAUUCUAUCUUUUUGGUGCUGACAUUUUCUGAAAGUGCUGCCCAAGAGUAUCUGUGAAAAGGUAUAGCAUGGACAUGUUAUAUGUAACUACAUAAGAAAGGACUUGUCAAUGGGUUUUCUAAUGGCUAGUUUGAAGGGGGGGAGAAAAGCUUAAAAUGCAUGGGGGGAGGGAGGGAAUCUCAACAUGGAAAUUUUCUUUAAACAUAUUCCAUUAAGAACAGAUUGGGGCUCCAGCUCCAGUUUUUUAGUCCUCUAAGGAAGACUCUGGCAAGACUUUGUAUGUGUGAUAUUUCUAAAAUAAAAAGAGCAAAAACAAGUAACUUAA